CUGAGUGCCAGUAAUGAUGAGGGAUCAAGUCCUUGGAGCCCUGUUGUUACGUUUUCAACACUUCCCGAUAAACCUGAUAAACCUGGGAAACCUUGUUUGAAAGGCCGGGCACAUUCAACCUUUUUCAAAGUGGCAUGGGAUCCACCUAAGGAUGAUGGUGGUUGCCCCAUAACAGAAUAUCAGUUGGAAAUGGAUUGUGGAGAUGGUUUUAAUUUAAUUUAUUCUGGUCAAGAAUUAGAAUUUUUAUGUGAGAAUCUGCUGCCAGGGAAGUCUUACUCUUUUAGAGUUCAGUGCAUUAGUCCAGGAGGAACAAGUGCUUGCUUGCUUUGUACUGAAGCUAAAGAAAAUAAGUUCCUGAGUGAAAAUGCUUUACUGCAACUUUCCAAGAAAAAGUUCAGUGAAAAUUACUGUCAUGUGAAAUUGUAUUUCACAAAUUUCUGUUUUCUGAUAUCGGGGUUUGCUGUUACAUCACCUGUUGUUCCAGGAAAAUGUCAACCCCCAAAGUUGUAUGGAAAACCAAAGGCCUUAUCUAUACAUAUAAAGUGGGCUUAUCCUGAGUAUGAUGGAGGAAGUGAAAUCUUAGAAUGUGAAGUAGAAGUUAUGUAUCCAGAUGAAACUUCUCGAUCAGCUUAUAAAGGACCUGGCACAGACUGUGUUGUAGCAGGUUUGCUGCCUGGCCGUCGGUAUUCAUUCCGUAUUCGUGCAUACAAUAAAGUUGGGGCUAGUCAGUGGUCUGAUCCUUUUGAAGUUAUGAGCGGUGCUGGGACACCUGAUAUGCCAAAGGAUGUUCAGGCUGUGUCUCGAUCUCCUCACUGCAUAUUUGUAUCUUGGUCUGAACCAGCAAAUAAUGGUGCUACUAUUACUGAAUAUCGUCUAGAAAGUAAACAUGAUGAAAAGAAUUUUGAAUUGGUGUAUUCAGGUUCCUUAUGUUGUGCUGAAGUGAAAUCCUUAAUUCCUGCCACCAUGUAUUAUUUUCAUGUGCAAGCUGUAAAUUCUGCUGGAGCAGGUCCUUUCUGUGAGUGUGUGUCUUAUCAGACACCUCCCUCUUCACCAGGAUCUGUAUCCACUGCAAAUAUCAAAAGUAUAGUUGGUGCUUCUACUAUUGCAUUAUCCUGGAAAGAGCCAAACAAUCAUGGUUCACCCAUUCUUAGCUAUAAUAUUGAAGUUGGAGAUGUAUUACAUACAACUGAUGGAGACAAUCCAGAAAUCUGUAUAGAAGGUUUAGUGCCAGAAACGACAUACAAAAUACGUAUCCAAGCAAUAAACAAUGUUGGUCCGGGUCCAUUCAGUUCAUCAUUAAAAAUAGUAACUAGAGGACUUCCACCUUUGCCACCAAUCUUAGAGUGUUGUGGUUAUUCACAUAACAGUUUACGUCUGAAGUGGGGUGAUGGGAAGAAUUCUGAUUUGAAAACUUAUACACUCGAGCUUGAAAACCCACAAACAAAAAGGUUUAUGCCUGUAUAUCAAGGUCCAGGUCAUACUUUCAAAGUGACAAAACUUCAAGAAAUCACAUCAUAUAGUUUUAGAAUAUAUGCCUCUAAUGAAGAAGGAGAUGGUCAUUGUUCAGAUGUUUUUACUUUUAACACUCAACGUGCACUGCCACCUGCCCUGAAAGCUCCCAAAGUUACUAAUAUUACUGAAACAUCCUGCAUUGUGGAAUGGUUGACUGCAAAGCCAAUAGGAGAGGAUAUGCUAUCUUAUAAACUGCAGAUUGGUACAAAGGAAUCAGAUUUUCAUGUAGUAUAUACUGGUAUUCAGAAUACCUUUUCUGUGCACAAUCUUUCACCUGGGACUGAAUAUUCCGUUCGAGUGGCUGCUGUGAGGCAUUGUAGUGAUGGAGAACUCCCUGGGCCAUUUAGUCCAUGCUCUGUAUUUUGCACAAAUUUUGUGAACUUAACUGAAACUCAUCCUCCCAAAUUUUUAUCUGUUGUGAGAAGCCUAAAAAAUCGACAGCCUUUAACAGAUCAACAGUGGGCCAUGAUCAUUUUAUGUGGGUUUACUUUUUUUGCUAUUUGUGUGGCCAUCAUCAUUCAGCAAGGACUUUCUUAGCAGUAGAAACAUUUUACAGUUAAAUUUUCAAGGUGUAUUUUUAAAUAGAAAAUUCCAAUUUUUUUUGUAUAUAUGUGUACUGUGUGCUUGUACAUGUUUCAAAUUCUGUAGUAACAUACAAUUUAUUUUCCUGAAUGAGAGUGAGCUUGAUUUAAUCUGGAGUGUAAUUUUUGAGAAUACUACUUGAUUCAAGAAAAUAUUUUUAUAGGAUAUUGAUUCUUUUAUAUAUAUAUAUAUGAUGCAUAUAUCUAUAUAUCUAUAUAUAUAUACAUAACAUACACACAUUCCUAUUUCAUCUACCUCUCGCUUCUGUCAUUUCAAUCCCAAAUUUUCAGAGAGGUGUUUGUUAGUCUUUCUGUGCAAUGUGUUUUCCUUGAAAUAAGUAUAUGGUGCUGUUCUGAUGUGUAUAGUGUUACUUCCAUUUCAGAUUGUGCAUGCCAAUGUAAUGGUGCUGGCCUCUUGGAAAAGUGGUAUAACAUUGAAUAAAAUAUGGUGUAUGUUAGAUUAUAUUUUUUAUUUGCAUUAUGUAGAUUAUUUUUCUUUUGCCCAAAACAUGAGAAAAUGUAGAUCUUGCUGAAAUAUGUGAUAAUCGAUUUAUACCUGUUUCUUCUCGUUUGAAUUAAAUAUUUGAUCUUUGAGUGUUUCUUGGCUGUUUUAUUGAAGUGUGUGAUCUUUGGGGCAUUUUUUGUGUAUGUGAGAUAACUGUAUAUUAAAUAUUCAUUAUUUUUAUAUAUUCAACUAAGAACUGUAAUACGAAGUUACAACUGCUUCAGUAUUCUCAGACAUGCCUAAGCAUAAAUUAUUUGAAAUGAUAUAUUGUUAGUAUGUGUAUAAUCAUUAUAUAAAAAUAUGAAGUAAUUUCUUUAUUUCUCCUCCCCCCUCUUUUUUGUUGUUGUUAUGCUUUCAUACUUGCCAUAGUAUAGCUUUGUGAUGUUGAGAAAGUAUGCAUUACUGUAAUUGAAGGUAUUUUAAUUUUUCACAAUAUCUAAAUCCAGUUUUCCAGAGCUAUGUAUUGGACAAUUAUACUUAUUUGAUUUUUCCAACUUGUGUCAUUUUUAAAGGAUAUAUUUUGAAUAAUAAGCUUGGUUUUAGGAUGUAUUUAUAUAUAGUUUGUGUAUAAAAAUGUUCUGUAUUUUGGGUUUGCUGGUGAAUUUGAAAGAGAUUCUUAGUAUUUUUAUUAUAUCUCUGUUUAUAAUUAUGUAAAAUAUUCUGCUAUUAGCAGUGCAUUUAGAAUCAAUCUUAUUUAAAUGAGUAUUAUUAUGUGCUGAUUUACUGAAUUGUUUUAACUUCAUCUUUUAAUGUUAGUGACUGAUAAAAAAAAUGAAGAACGGGUAUGCUUCAUUUUAAGUAAUUAUUUUACAAUGAUUUUGUUAAUGUUUGCAGUUUGUUAGGAGGUACUUUAUGAAAAGUAAAUAUUUAUACUUUGUUACACAGUAGUUAUGUGCUGGCACGUGUAAAAUAAAUAUAUUCUGUUCACAUUCUGUUGUACUUAUGUUUUGCAUUUAUUUAUGUAUUGUUAGUUUGAUUUGUAAAAAAAAAAAAAAAAAAAAAAAAAAAAAA